AUGAGCGCACCCCCGCCCACCGUGCCCUCGGUUCUCUUGCCUGAACUCAUUGGCUUUGUACCACAAUUCUUGCUAGACGAUAUCAUCAAUAUCGCCAAUGAUGCCACGAGACAGACGGUGGAUGCGAUGGAGGCGUUCCUUGAACGGAGAGACGCAGCGCGUACUGACCCAGUCGACGAUUGGAAGAGCACAGAAGAGCUAGAGAAGGGUCUUAACUCAUUCCAAACUCUCCUAGAAUCACAUGUCGAUAUCGCUUUUGACUUUUUUGAGGCCUGGUCGCUGCGUAACAUAUUCGCGGUUCCGGCAGACCUUCCGGUCGUCGCCCCGCACCAGAAGGGACUCAAUCUCGAGCAACCGGAAGGCAGAGAAGCCGAGUUGAUAGACGAGAUCAAGGAACUGAGGAAAAAGCUCGAAGCACAUCGGAAACUCCGACGGCUAUACACACGCGCAGUGCGGGCCUCUGCUGCUCAACUCGCCCGCUCGCGAAGGCGCCUUGAAAAGCUGUCAUUCCUCCGUGCACCUCAGCUACAGGCACUAAUCGAGAUGCCGAACGAAUUUCAAGCCAUGUAUAAUUCUGUCUCGGUACUUCCACCUAUGGACGCGUCCCACACGGCGAUAGAACCAGUUGCAGUCCCUGAACCUGGCAAGCGUCAAUGGGAGACAAAUAAGACAGGAUACUUGAAUUGGGCAGUCGAGCAGCUAAUGCAGCGUGCCAAGGAGCAAGCAAAGGGAGAGGGAGUGUUUAGCGAAGGGAGCUCGGCAGUGGGUGCCGCAACAGCUGCUGCAUACAGCGUGGCAAGUGCACAGGACGUGAAAGCAUUGCUUGAACUCACGGCCCCGGAAUCAAACUUCAAGCGUUUCGUCGAGGUUGGCCGAGUGGUCCUUCUCAAAUCUGGUCCUCAUGCGGGCCACAUCGCUGUGAUUGCAGAAAUCAUUGAUCAUAACCGGGCAAUCGUUGACGGCCCUACGACCGGUGUCCCCCGCCAAUCAUUCCCCUACCGCCAUUUAUCCCUUACGCCACUCGCCCUCACCAAACUCCCGCGUGGCGCCGGCUCAGGAGUAAUUCAAAAGCAGCUUGAGAAGGAGGCCACCGUCGAGCGGUGGAACAAGUCCUCCUGGGCGCAGAAGCGGGCGGCAAUCGAGAAGCGACGGUCACUUAACGACUUCGAGCGUUUCGCCGUUAUGCUCGCGAAGAAGGCCCGGAGGGAUACUGUGCGCAAGAGCGUUGCAAAGGCUUCGGCAUGA